CGGAUCCCUCAACUCAUGACUCGGAAGACGGAUGUACGAACAACUAAGAGACUGUAGGCGGUUACCAGUACCGGUUGAAACAUCGUGGUUGUCGCUUCUAUGCGCCGACUUCAUCAGCCGCAGGCAUAGUGAGAUGCCAAAUAACCUAGCGAUCCAGACGCACCGAGCCGGUGGUUCCAGGCAAGACGCAGAGAGAGAGAGAGAGAGAGAGAGAGAGAGAGAGAGAGAGAGAGAGAGAGAGAGAGAGAGAGAGAGAAAGAGGUGA